AAAUUUGGGAGAAAAAGCUGCCUAAAACGUCGGGUUGUUUCUAAGGUCAAUGGCCUAAACAGCUAAACUCGAAAGCAAAAUGAACAAAAAUUAAAAAAAAAAAGUAUCGAAAAAAAAAAGAAAGAGAAAUUUCAGAGAAAAUGGAACACCCAAAUAUGGAAUUCUGACAGAGUCGCUGCUAGAUUUGUUUUUUUUUUUUGGGUUUGCCAUUACUCUCUCUCUCUCUCUCUAUUUCCCUCUUUGUAAUUCAACCGGAGUUACGAUUCCCUCUUAUCGUAACUCCUGCUUCUUCCGAUCUCGAUCCUGUUCAUCGGACCCUGUAAAUCAUUUCGCGGGCUUUUCUUAUUCUUUUUUUUGCGAUUCCACAAAAGGGAAGGAGGAAUAAGCAAAUUAUUUGAGAUUUGAUUUGAUUCCGUUUUUGGGUGGUGGUGUUUAGUGAGAGAUCCUUUUUUUAGAUGAAGUGAACAUUUUUUUUUUUUUUUGAGGGGAUUAUUAUGUGAGUUAUGGUAUCAUCAUCAACUAUAUUGCGGAUGGUAGUACCAUGUUGGAGACGACCUUCUGUGAAAGGUGAUCAUUCAACUAGAAAUGACGCUAAUGGACGUUGUGAUGGUCUUCUUUGGUAUAAAGAUUCUGGUAACCAUGUUGCUGGCGAGUUCUCUAUGUCUGUCAUUCAAGCCAAUAAUCUUCUUGAAGAUCAUAGCAAGCUUGAGUCUGGUCCCGUUAGUUUGUUUGAUUCUGGUCCUCAAGCUACUUUUGUUGGUGUCUAUGAUGGUCAUGGAGGUCCUGAAGCUGCCCGUUUUGUUAAUAAACACCUCUUCGACAACAUCAGGAAGUUUACAUCAGAGAAUCAUGGUAUGUCUGCCUCUGUUAUAACCAAAGCGUUUUUAGCUACGGAAGAAGAUUUUCUUUCUCUUGUGCGGCGGCAGUGGCAGAUUAAACCACAGAUUGCUUCUGUUGGAGCUUGUUGUCUGGUAGGGAUCAUAUGUAGUGGAUUGUUGUACAUUGCAAACGCUGGGGAUUCUCGGGUUGUGCUAGGAAGACUGGAAAAAGCUUUUAAAAUUGUUAAGGCGGUUCAGUUAUCGUCCGAGCACAAUGCAAGUCUUGAAUCUGUGAGAGAGGAGUUGCGCUCGUUGCAUCCGGAUGAUCCUCAGAUUGUGGUCUUGAAGCACAAAGUUUGGCGAGUUAAAGGUAUUAUACAGGUCUCGCGGUCGAUUGGUGAUGCCUACUUAAAGAAAGCAGAAUUCAACCGGGAACCGCUGUUGGCAAAGUUCAGGGUCCCUGAGGCUUUCCAUAAGCCCAUACUUAAAGCAGAGCCGGCAAUAACAGUACACAAAAUCCAUCCAGAGGAUCAGUUUCUUAUAUUUGCAUCAGACGGCUUGUGGGAGCACUUAACUAAUCAGGAAGCUGUUGACAUUGUGAACACAUCCCCUCACAAUGGAAUUGCAAGGAAGCUCAUAAAAACAGCUCUAAGAGAGGCAGCAAAGAAGAGAGAGAUGAGAUAUUCGGAUCUAAAAAAGAUUGAUAGAGGAGUGAGGAGACAUUUUCAUGAUGAUAUAACAGUCAUAGUUGUGUUUCUUGAUUCAAAUCUCGUCAGUCGCAGUGUCUCACGCCGACCUCUACUCUCCAUCUCAGGCGGUGGUGACUUAGCUGGACCUUCCACUUGACUCAACUCUCACCACAAUCUAUAUAUAUUAUACAUAUACACAUAUCCACUAUAUAUAAACACAUUGCAAACCGCAAUUUAAGUUCCUUCU